ACUGCUUAUAUGAGCCCUUCUGUGUUUUCUGAAUCCAUGAUUUAAAAGCUUUACAAUGAAUGUAUAAGAGGUGGGCCUUCUUGGCCCUUGCACCGCGACCACAGUGAUCUAUUCUGCCCAAGUUACAAUGAAAACGCACGUAGUCUCCAAACGCAUCAAAUGGCCACUACAUGCGCGCUCGCGCAAUCCAUGUGCAAUCUUCCCGCCUAACCGCUGAACCUUGUCGCGCGGGUUGCCUGCUCUCUGGUGUGUGUCGCUGCAUUUACGUCCGGAUGCUAGAUAGAUCACGUUCGUGUUCGCGUUCGCCUUGGUCUGGGCGAGGCUUAAUUCAUGUCUGCAAUGCUCACCGGUUACCGAUUAGUAGCCUAUCUAAUAUCCAUCGAUCGCCAAUGAUCGUCCCGUCUGUAACCACUGGUCGCUGAACAGCAAGGUGUUCAAGGUCAUCACGAUGAUCGCGAUGCUCUCCGCGCUCGCAGCCGUUGUAAGCGUAGUAAGCCAAUUGCUUGUAACCGUGGUCACAGUUCCACGGUUGUUAUGGUGUCGGUAGGGUCGGAAGUAAAUUAGUUGAGGUGGUUGAGGCCGAUGAAACCGUGGUGGAAGGAGCGAUGUGUUAUUGUGGUCAGGUGGAACGACUCAUCACAUACGAAUUUUAUGCGACUGUAAAAUUUGUUAAAACACACUUGAAUUUUUAUGACACAUGUCUUCUGCUCUAUAUAAAAAUCAGUGCCUGAACGUGUGAAAAUGUUACGUUUUGUCACCAUGUCUGAAAGCAUGAAGCGCACAUAUGAUGGUGAGAGUGAAGAUUCAUCAGAUGGUUAUAUAGGUCCUAUGCCUUCAGAAGCAGCAAAGCCAAAGAAGCGUAAAUACUUGAAACAUGAACUGCUAUAUUUGGAAAACUUACCAAAUGCAGAAUCAUACGAGAGAAGUUACAUGCAUCGGGAUGUUAUCACACACAUUGUCGUUACUAAAACUGACUUCAUUAUCACAGGAAGUUGUGAUGGUCACAUAAAAUUCUGGAAGAAACUAGAGGAGCUGAUAGAAUUUGUGAAGCACUUCUGUAGCCAUCUUGGACCAAUCCAAGAUCUUGCAGCCAAUUCAAGUGGAACACUCCUUUGCUCAAUCUCCAGUGAUAAAUCACUUAAAAUAUUUGAUGUCAUAAAUUUUGAUAUGAUAAAUAUGAUGAAGUUGGAGUAUGUGCCACUUUGCUGUGAAUGGAUCCAUUGUCCAGGAGAUGCAGUUGCAGCUCUAGCAGUGUCUGAUGCAGAUUCAAACAAGAUCUAUGUAUAUGAUGGACAAGGAGUAAAUGCUCAUAUACAUGUCUUCGAGAAACUUCACACAAAACCAGUGGUUAUCAUUAAGUACAAUCCUGUGUUUGAGGUGGCAAUCUCUGUGGAUCGGGCUGGAAUACUGGAAUAUUGGACAGGACCCAAUACAGAGUAUAAGUUCCCCAGAUGUGUGUUAUUUGAGUCAAAACUUGACACUGAUCUGUUUGAAUUUGCCAAGAGUAAAACAUUUCCUACCGGAUUGAGCUUUUCACCAGAUGGAAAAAUAUUUGUGACACUUUCAGGUGACAGAAAGGUAAGAGUCUUCAAGUUCCAGACGGGUAAAUUAAGUAAAGUGUUUGAUGAGUCUCUGCAGAGAUUUUCUGAGCUUCAACAAGAGAGACUAAUACUACCCAAUAUGGAAUUUGGAAGGAG